AUGUUUUCUAGACAGUUGUUGAACUCAAGCAGGUUGAUUAACCGUUCUGUUUCCACUCAAGCCAUUAGAUGUUCAUUCAGAUCAUUUUCUAUGAUUAGAAAUGGUGGAUUGACUAAUAACAAGUUGGCUUCUGAAGUACAAAACCGCUCUCCAUUGUACUUGAACCACGGUAUUUCCACCAGAAGAUUCUUGUCUACGGAGAUGCAACAAUCGAUUGGGGAAGCCGUCAAAUCAGCCCCAGUGGUGCUUUUCAUGAAAGGUACUCCAGAAGCCCCAGCGUGUGGGUUUUCUCGUGCCACUAUCCAAUUGCUCGGGUCGAUUGGGGUGAAUCCAGAUAAAUUUGCCGCGUACAAUGUCCUUGAAGACAAUGAACUUAGACAAGGGAUCAAAGAAUUCAGCGACUGGCCAACGAUCCCACAACUUUACGUGAAUGGUGAGUUUGUCGGGGGUUGUGAUAUCGUCACUAGCAUGGCCCAAAGUGGGGAAUUGUUGGAAAUGUUGGAAAAAGAUGGGUUGUUAGUUUACGAAGAAGAAGAAGCCGACAUCGAGACCCCAACUUCUAGUGAUGUUAAGCCUGCCAAGAGAUGA